AUUGGGGUGUGCACGAUGCGCUUCGAGCUGAGUCCAGCCGCGGCGGUCGUGUCAUGCCUAUCUAUGGCCGCUGUGUACGUGGGCGUUCUGUACUGCUGCCCCACGGAGAUUCGAAGCCUUCCUCGCGACCAUCCUCGCCAUAUCCUUGCGCGCUUUCUGCUCAUCGUCGUCGCGUGCGUCGGGUUUCCCUUCUUUCUCUGUGUGUUUAUUGACGAGAAGCACGAUGGAAGCAUCACCUUCGCCAACAAACUCGGGUUCCAUGCCAACAUGACCGAGACCGUCGUGUCCACGAGUCUCGCCGUCGUGUUGACCAUGCUGCUCUUCGCAGGGGCUAUCGUGUCCAACGGUCUCGAGGUAUACAUCAUCAUGCGGCACCGCCAAUCGUCGUGGACAGCCGCGUUCCAAGAAACGCAACUCUACUACAACUUUACGCGUGACCGUCUGCCAACGCUGCGCACCCUCAUUUUUGGCCCAUUGACGGAGGAGUUUGCGUUUCGGAGCUGCAUGCUACCGCUGCUGUUGGAUUCGGGAUGGUCGAUCUCGACAACCAUCUUUGCGAGUCCGCUCGCGUUUGGCGUGGCGCAUGCGCACCACUUGAUCGACCACAUUCGAAGCGGGCGGCCCGUUCGCACUGCCGUCGCCAUCGUCGUGUUCCAGUUCUUGUACACGACAGUGUUUGGCAUUUUUGCGAGCUUUGUCUUUCUUCGAACAGGACACUUCGCCGCCGUGUUUGGCGUCCACUCGUUUUGCAACCUGAUGGGAUUUCCUGACCUGUCGUUUCUCUCGACGGACCACCCCCUCCAUUCGUACAAGCCAGCGAUUCUGUUCGUCUACGUGGGUGGCAUCGUUGCGUUUUCGGCGCUGCUGUUUCCGCUCACGGGCAUGUACACGUCGAUGUAUUGGUCGUGACACAGGUCGACGGCACCUCGGGAUGAAGAAGACUCGUCGACAAUUUCUCCGUGAAAUAUAUGCACACACCUUGUGCGACCUACCUAUCCACGUUUUGUCUAUCGUUCUAGUGGGGGACGGGGCAGUGCCCGUCCGGAAUGACAGACGUCAUGCCGGCCACAGGACACUGCCCUUGUGGAAUCACGGACGCCGCCGCGGGCUGGACUUCCUUUGGCCGCCGGAACGUGACGGCGUGCAUGUACCGGCCCGUCUUGGCCAUUUCCUUUUCCUUGUCUGUUGGAUGUGCCUGGCCAUGGUACAAGAUCGGGCACAUAGCGGUCAUCAUGAACGCAUACACCAUGCGCCACGCGCCUUCGACCUCGGCAUUCCACACGCCGUCCCCCGUGCACUCUCGGAUCGCCGUCAAGAGGACGUUUCCGAGGACGUUGUAAUAUCCCAUCUUGACCUUGUACUUGUUGUGCCGAUAGGCGAGGUCCACGACCUUUUCGACGGCGUUUUCCAAGUUGGCUUCGUUCGUGACAGUCUGGACGAUGCUGAUCAGCGCCUUGCCUUGGAUGAUGAUGCUGGCUCGAAACAGCGGCUUCACCUCUGGCGCUAUCUUGAAGAGCGACCCGUAAAAGUAGUCGUAGAAAAAUACGACGGGCGACGUCCCGGCCGGGACCUUGGCCUUCAUGCCAGGGGUCAACCCGUUAGCGAUCGAGUCCCACGUGGACAGGACGAUCUCGCGCAUCCGUGGCGUGACCUUGCACGAUUCCAUGGCAAAAUCCGGGCAAUUCAUCUGGAGGUAUUUGAAGUACUUGGGGUGCAGGACGAGCCCGCCUUCCUUCGUUUGCGUCACGGCCUGGACAGAAUACUUGAUGCCCAUCGCUUUCGCCGACGACGUGGUGGGUAGCCAAGUCGAGGAGAC